CUGCAUUGGACCCUGUAUUUCAGACAUGCUAGGCUACCUUGAAUAAUCAUCUUGACAAUCCCAAACGUAUAGGAACCUUUGGUAUCUCCGCAAACGAGCCACGGAGACCGAGGUGGCGGAGUGGCUUUUUGAUGGGGCGCAGCUCCGGCACUGGAGCUAUCGAAAGUUCCAAAGUUCCGGGCCUUCUAGGCAUAAAGCCAGCCUUGCUGGGUACCCUUACAAGAGUAGCGGGUGGAAUCAGUUGAUCCGGAACCCACCCUCCAACGUCAUUAUCGGUUCCCACUCGCUUUUUAACCCUUCCUCCCCUCCUUUGACAUCCCACUACAAUUCAAUAAAUCUCCCUGCUCCACUCCUCACGUCAAAUACGAAGUUCGAUCCUCGUCGCAUCCCCCGAUCCACGCCUUCCGAACCGAUCAAUCCUCUCUCAAAGAUCGACAGCAGAAAUUGGGCCGAGACCGAGCCCGAGACCGAAACUCCGGGGCUCCGGGCCCUCGCCGCCAUGUCCGCAACAAUCUUCCUGGACAGUCGACACACGCAUUAUACCAAUCUUGACUUUCUAUCGGGAAAGGUCGUGCUGCACCUUCCGACGGAAGCUGCAAUUGGAGGUAUUCAGGUUAAGCUGGAGGGUGUGAGCCGUACCCGGCUGUCCGGCCUUCGCCAUCCACACCAUGUCAAUUCGGAUAAGAAACGGACGGAGCUAGAGGUCCACAAGAUUCUGUACAAGGUUGCCACCGUCUUUCCUACGCCGGCUGUCAUGCAGGCAGGAUCACCAGCAACCUCGUAUACUUUUGCGCCCGGAUCCUAUGAAUACCCAUUUAACUUCAAGUUCCCUUUCAACAAUUCCUGCACUGCGACAAACAGCAUGCGAACCAACCUCGUCACCACAGGGCUGAAGAUGGAGAUGGCCCGUGAUACAACCCGACAUGUUAAAAAGACCCUGCCUCCAUCCUUGAGUGGGUUUCCCGGCAUGGCUGAAAUCGAGUAUUUCAUCAAGGCCACUGUCAUCAGACCCCAGUUUUAUAAAGAGAAUAUUCGCUCUAUCGUACCUCUGAAGUUUCUCCCAAUUGAGCCACCAAGAAUCGGAAGUCCCAACGAAGAGACAUAUGCCCGGAGACAGCACCAGUUCUCCAAAGUACCGAAUGCGCCGAGGAAGAAGAACAGUAUCUUCAACCGAAGUACCAAUCCGUUCCGCGAAAUGGAGACAGAGCCUCCUCGAGUCUCGGUCGACGCUCGACUUCCCAAUCCCUCGAUUCUGACGUGCAACGAACCGGUUCCGCUUCGUCUGAUGGCUAAAAAGCUGUCAGAUUCCCCCGAGACCAUUUUCUUGCAAAUGCUGCAGAUUGAACUCAUCUCAUAUACUAAGAUUCUUGCACAUGACUUGACACGGCAGGAAAGCGGCUCGUGGGUUGUCAUGAGUCGCAGUAAUAUGGGUCUUGCCCUGGGACAACCAGGAGAUGGUGCUGGCACCGAAUGGACUAUUGACCCGAAGUUGUGGAGUGCUCUACCACUCCCUAAUUCGGUUGCACCAUCCUUCGAGACAUGUAAUAUCGAGAGAAGCUACGAGUUGGAAGUACGGGUUGGGUUGACUCAUGGCACUUACGGAAACAUGAAGCCCCAACUUAUCGUGCUCCCUUUGAGAAUGCCAGUCAAGGUCUACUCUGGAAUAGCACCCCCUCAGGCCCUCCUAGAUGCCAUGGCAGCUGCCGCACCACAACUAUCACCUUCCAAACCCACAUCAAAACCUUCCUGGUCCACAUCCGACGAAAUCAGCCGACCUCCAAUGCCACCACGACCCAGCACAGGCCCCGUGCCAGCAGACGCAGGCGCAGUCUACGACGACGCACCACCCAGCUACGAGGACGCAAUGGCAGAAAAUCUAAGCCCGGUAGAUGGACCACGCCGCGAGUAUCACCCACCAGCCGCCUCUUCUUCCCGAAGAACAGUGGAAUCUGGAACUGAUGCCAAAUCCCCAGUCCGAACUGGAAAUACCCGUGACGACGGCCCCGCAGCCGAAGGUUCUUGGGCUCCUCCUAGCCGUGAGGGCCGUUCUUCUUCCGAGUCCUUUGACAUGCUACCCACCACCCCGCCCGAGUCGCACUCUGGAUCUCCGCCUGCGUCGCCCGUCAGACGUUCUCAGAGCAUGAUGAAGGUUCCUCGAAACCAGGCGAGCGAAGAAAGUCCCCCACAGUACCAGCCUGCCACGGAGACGCAGCUGCAGCCUCCGAAUGCAGUUGAGCGUCGGCCUUCACGGAAUAACUUGCGGCCUAUGAAUUUGGGUGUGCCAACCCGGAAACCUGUACCGCAGGGCUCAAACAGGCCACAUUGAUAGAUACAUUUGUGUCUCUGAAUGUUUGAUAGUCUUACCCAUCACCACUUUCAUCAUACUCACUACCCUUGUCACUCACACCAUUACCACCAACUGCAUUACUUGAUACCCAUUAUCGUGAUCAUUCUUAGAGACUUUACUUUUUGGUUGUUUACUGGAGAUAUUUGCUGCAUUGGCAGGGAUAACUGGUCUUUUUUUAACAUAAUUUAGUGGCAAUUCAACUGUCUGAAUCAAGAUACUGGAGGAAAGGUUUUUAGAAAUGUACUCUCCUACUAAUGGUAAUUACGUUCCCUG